ACGAAACUGGGACGACUCUUCCACAGACACGACAUGUUGCCACGAACCUCAUAGCAUGCGCCCUGGCAGCGCCGCAUAAUGUCUACAAAGCCAUUGAAGGACCCUGAUUCGGCAUCUUCAUUGAGCGUCGAUGAGGCUGAAAAGCUGAGGAACUUCUCGAGAACACCCCGGCCAUAUGUGUACGAUGGAGGAGAGGUGAAGCAGGACCGAGUCUCCAGCAUAAUAGAACCCACCAGAGAUCCGCAAUGGCAGAGCACACAACCAUCGACAGACAACAGCGAAAGCGGAACAGAAGCCGACGAUGAGCGACGGACUUUUGUCAAAGCGCUGCCUGCGAGCACCUUGCGACCGCGCAAAGGACUCAAGACUGGCGAGAAGGAUGAAGACUCACUUCUUGAGCCAUCACAAUUGGAUGAGGAGGAGAGACGGGUGCAAAGCUGGUUCCUGCAGCGGCAGGCAUCGACCCGGUCACAUGCAGACAAGAUCGAGGAUGUGGAAGAAGAGAGGGCUGAACAGGAGCGUGUGGAGAAGAGACGGAUCGCUGAGUUUGUAAGACGGACAUCGGAAGUGGCAUUGAUGGGCCUCAUACUCGUCUGUGUCCUGUGCGGGCGGGGAGUCUUGCGCACGGCAUGGGAAUGGCGUCGAGAGCUCAUCAGUCACAUCUUGAUCGUCAUUGGUCUGGUCCUGGCGUACCCGCUCAAGCUCUCGAUCGUGGAUACACAGGUCAGGCACAAUCAACUAUGGCAACGAUUCCGAGUACCAGCCUCGUUCGAUCCGGCCACGGUUUUGUAUCCACCUCUUCUACCUGUGCUUGUAGCACUCUCAGUGGCACCGACGAAUCCAGCCGUCAUUUUGCCAAACAUAAUCCUCGGGCUCGCAUCGCUUCCUCAAAGAAUCUUCCCUCGCUCCAGUCGGCUGGGCCGAGUCAAUACUGUACACUGGGUGGUGUCCAUCAUUCCGCUAGUCAUCUCUCAGAACACGACCUGGCCAUUCAAGGAUGCCCCAGCGAUGCCAUACAUGCUCAAGUGCGGGCCUCCCGAAGGAUUAUCUCCAGAGACUCUGGUGUCACUGUACGCUCUGCAUCACGCCCUGCUACAACCGCUGCAGUACCUCACCACAACGAGUCUGCUCGUGUCGGAACUCCACCUACUAUCAGUCGCUCUGAUCAAUCUCCUACUACUAGCAACUUCCCCACAAGCUGUCAUCCUCAAAGCAUGUCUUUGGGUUGGCGGCAUACCACUUCUGGUGUUAUGUGCUCACGUCGUCCACUGGAACGUCACUUUGGCUAGAGUACCGAAGUGGAAACUCCGGCGGCCAGUCCACCCAUGCGCAGAGCGAAAGUCCUUCGCGGACGCCGUCUCCGAUCUAAUCAACCUGCAGCGAGCGAGCGGAGCCUUUCACGAGGCUCCAGGAAGUGUCACCAGUGAUGCAGAUGAAGACGAGCCGGCUACGUCGAGCAAAGGUGGGCUGAACAGUCUUCUCAAGCUCGAUACGACGAUCAGAACUGUCGCAUCAGCAAUCAAGGGUGGCGCCGUUUCGGACAAUGAGACUAGAUCAGCAAUCGAGCCAUCCCACCGCCGGAGCCGAACUACGGUCGAUAGGCACCUUGCAGCCACUCCAAUGGCAAGACGCCAGACUCUGCCGGGACGUCCGCCGAAUCGCUCGCCGAGACGGUCGCCCAGCGUGAGGAAGAAGGGCAGAUCUUCACACCUGCUUUGGUGCCUUCAAUUGACACCCGCUCAAGCCCAGCAGCGGAAAUGGAUCUACGCAGGCUUCACGUAUAUCAUUAUCGUGGCAAUCAUUCUCGGGCCUGUCAGAGAUUAUGUCUCCAACAGAGCUCUCGGCGGUCGAGAACCCAUCGGCUGGGCACUAAGCUACAUGUUCGGCCAACUCCCUCUCAUCCGCUCAAUCACCGAAUUCAUCAAUCUCGACACCUGGAUCCCCCUCUCAAACGCAGCCUGGACCUGGAGUCCAUCCCUCAGCAUCCCUCUCCACAUGGACAUCAUAGCCAGCGACAUCGGCCAAGCCAACGUCCGCCUCCUCCUAAUCGCCUACUGGAUCGGCGUACUACUCGUCGGCCUCCUAGCAGUCUUCAGCCUAACAGCCUACGUCGAAGUCGACACCCGUCGCAAGAUCUUCCACGGCGUCAUGGUCGCCAUGCUUCUACCUGCCACAUUCGUCGAUCCAUGCUUCUGUGCACUAGCAUUGACGCUCGUACUCGCCGUCUUCCUCCUCCUCGAAGUCAUCCGCGCCGGGCAAGUCCCUCCACUCGGCAAUGCUAUUAGUCGUUUCGUUGCUCCCUACGUUGACGGACGAGACUUGCGCGGGCCAGUGGUGGUCAGCCACAUUUUCCUGCUCAUUGGCUGUGCGGUGCCGCUGUGGUUCUCCCUCGCUUCCAUGGAUCGAGAAGGCGAACCGCCAUGGGUCGACUGGCAAAUGAGGAACAAUCAGCGCGAGACGGCUAUGAUCGCGGGCGUGGUGUGCGUGGGCAUGGGCGACGCAGCAGCCAGUCUCAUCGGUCGACGCUACGGUCGGCGGAAAUGGAUCUGGGUCGGAGGCAAGAGUCUUGAGGGAAGCGCGGCGUUCGCAGUCGCUGUCACCUUCGGACUCAUGGCAGCGAGGACGUGGCAGGUCUUCGGGGGAUGGAAUGAUCACCCUACGGCAUGGAAAGCGCUCGGCUCAGCGGGUGGACUCAUGGGAUUUGGAAUGGAGUGGGGCGUUGCAUUGAUGAAAGCUACGAUCUGCGCAUGUGGAGCGAGUUUUAUGGAAGCUGUGUUGACGGGUGCGAACGACAAUGUCGUGGUGCCGGUCGCGUUGUGGCUGCUGGUCAAGGGCGUAAGGUUAUGA